GCGGUCCGCGCGUCGCCCCGGCCCGCCGCCCGGGCUGCUGCUGGCCGCGCUGGCCGCCCUGCUACUGUCGCCGCCCGCUGGGGCCGUCCCGUGCCCCGCGCGCUGCGCCUGCCGCGCCCCCCUGCUGGACUGCAGCCACGGCAAGGCGGCCGCGCCGGGCCCCGGGCCGCUGUGGACGCCGCUGCCCGCCGACACCGCCAGCCUGGAUUUGAGUUAUAACUGGUUGUCUUAUUGGAACAUCAGCUUGGAAUCUCAGACGUUACAAGAAGUAAAAAUGAAUCACAACGAGCUGACAGAAAUUCCGUAUUUUGGAGAAGCAACCCUUAAUAUUACUCAACUGUCAUUAGUUCAUAAUACAAUUUCAGAAAUAAAUGCAGAGGCGUUCCAAUUUUAUACUGCUCUUGAGAGUUUAGACCUCAGUACAAAUAUAAUAUCAGAAAUCAAGACAUCUUCAUUUCCUCGAAUGCAGCUUAAAUACCUAAAUUUGAGUAAUAAUAGGAUAACCAUCUUAGAACCUGGUUGCUUUGAUAAUUUAUCAAGUUCCUUGUUAGUGGUCAAGUUGAACCGGAAUAGAAUUAGCAUGAUUCCACCCAAGAUCUUCAAGCUACCUCACCUUCAGUUCUUGGAACUGAAAAGAAACAGGAUUAAAGUUGUUGAAGGUCUGACAUUCCAAGGACUUGACUCCUUAAAAUCUUUGAAAAUGCAACGGAAUGGAAUAAGCCAGCUUAAGGAUGGAGCUUUUUUUGGGUUGGACAACAUGGAAGAAUUAGAAUUAGAACAUAAUAACCUUACAGAAGUGAACAAGGGGUGGCUGUAUGGUUUGCGAAUGUUACAGCAACUCUAUGUGAGCCAGAAUGCAGUUGAAAGAAUCAGCCCUGAUGCAUGGGAGUUCUGCCAAAGACUAUCAGAACUUGAUUUGUCUUAUAACCAGUUGACCCGCCUAGAUGAAUCUGCCUUUGUGGGUCUGAGUUUACUGGAGAGGUUGAAUUUAGGGGAUAACAGAAUCACUCACAUUGCUGAUGGUGUAUUUAGGUUUCUUUCCAAUCUUCAGACGUUAAACUUAAGAAACAAUGAAAUUUCUUGGGCUAUAGAAGAUGCUAGUGAAGCCUUUGCUGGACUCACAAGCCUCACUAAAUUAAACUUACAAGGAAAUCAGAUUAAGUCAAUUACAAAGAAAGCAUUCAUUGGCCUUGAAUCCCUUGAGCAUCUAGAUUUGAACAACAAUGCUAUAAUGUCUAUCCAAGAAAAUGCUUUUUCUCAGACUCACUUGACAGAAUUGAUUCUGAACACAAGCAGUCUGCUCUGUGACUGCCACCUGAAGUGGCUGCUGCAGUGGCUGGUCGACAGUCACUUCCAGCACUCUGUGAGUGUCAGCUGUGCACAUCCCGAGUGGCUCGCCGGCCAGAGCAUCCUGAAUGUGGAUCUGAAGGAUUUCGUCUGUGAUGAUUUUCUCAAGCCACAGAUUCACAGGCACCCUGACACCACCAUUGCUCUGAGAGGCACGAACACGACGCUGACCUGCAGUGCGUUCAGCAGCAGCGACUCUCCCAUGUCUGCUGUGUGGCGGAAAGACAGUGAGAUCGUGUAUGAUGCCGACAUUGAGAACUUUGUUCGGUACCAGCAGAAAGCUGGAGAAGCCCUGGAGUAUACGAGUGUCUUACAUCUUCUCAGUGUGAAUUUCACCGAUGAAGGAAAAUACCAGUGCAUUGUUACUAAUCACUUUGGUUCUAACUAUUCUCAUAAAGCCAAGCUGACUGUGAAUGAGAUGCCCUCUUUCCUGAAGACACCCAUGGAUCUUACUAUUCGCACUGGUGCAAUGGCCAGAUUGGAGUGUGCUGCGGAGGGGCACCCUGCCCCCCAGAUCUCCUGGCAGAAGGAUGGUGGUACCGACUUCCCUGCUGCUCGAGAAAGACGCAUGCAUGUCAUGCCUGAGGAUGAUGUCUUUUUCAUUGCAAAUGUGAAAAUAGAAGACAUGGGCAUCUAUAGCUGCAUGGCUCAGAACAUAGCUGGAGGCCUCUCUGCCAACGCCUCACUGACUGUGCUGGAAACACCAUCCUUUAUUAGACCCUUGGAGGACAAGACUGUGACCCGUGGUGAAACAGCUGUGCUGCAGUGCAUAGCCGGAGGGAGCCCUGCUCCUCGCCUCAACUGGACCAAGGACGAUGGGCCCCUGCUGGUAACGGAACGCCAUUUCUUUGCUGCAGCCAACCAGCUGCUCAUCAUUGUCGACACAGGCCUGGAAGAUGCCGGGAAGUAUACCUGCAUCAUGUCCAACACCUUGGGUACGGAACGGGGCCACAUUUACCUGAAUGUCUUGUCUUCCCCCAAUUGUGAUGCUUCUCCAAGCAGCAUGGGCCACGAAGAUGAUGGCUGGACCACUGUUGGCAUCGUCAUCAUUGUGGUGGUCUGUUGCGUUGUGGGCACCUCUCUGAUCUGGGUCAUCGUUAUUUACCACAUGAGACGGAAGAAUGAAGAGUACAGUAUCACCAACACAGAGGACCUCAAUCUGCCUCCAGACAUCCCCAGCUACUUGUCUUCCCAAGGAACUCUGUCUGAGCCGCAGGAGGGUUACAGCAAUUCGGAAGCAGGCAGUCACCAGCAGCUCAUGCCUCCUGCCAGCGGAUACUUGCACAAAAGCGCUGAUGGUGGUACUAGUACCCGGGUUAUCUGCUCAGAUUGUUACGACAAUGCCAACAUCUACUCCCGGACCCGAGAAUACUGUCCAUACACCUUCGUUGCCGAGGAAGAUGUUCUGGAUCAGACACUGUCAAGCCUCAUGGUCCAGAUGCCCAAAGAAACGUAUUUGGUACAUCCGCCCCCAGAUGUUGGUGCGCUGGAUAGCCUGGUGUCCUCGGUGGAGAGAGAGACGCUGGUUUUUCCCACUGGCCAAGAGAGGACACAUGAGAAGAAAGCAGUGACCACCACACACAUGGACAGUGAAACAUUGCCACGACCUCCAUGGAACAUGAGCCAGGAACUGGGCCGCCCGCCCCCUCCUUUUGCACCAAAGCCAGGCCUCGAGUCUCCCACUCUGCAGCGAAGUGAGGACACACUGGAGAGUGACCCAGACUGUCCGGCUUCCCCCAGGCCCUGCCACACAUUUCACGACCAUGCUUUUGAUUUCAGUAGAACUCGGAACAUUCAGGAUGGUAGUGAGGGUACCUGAAACCCUCCAGGAUGAAAUCUAGGCAAAGACUCUUAAUGAAUUCGUUUCGCAUUUACUACCUCAGCGUUCAGAAGCAGCCCCAGAGGCAGCAUUCGCUUUACUCUUUGUCUUCAGUUACAUCUGACCCCAGCACAGUGGGCAGGCAUUUGUUUGGGCUUAUACCUGAGGAGGAAAGGUAACAGCUGAUCGAAACGGGCACGUUUAUAAACAUCUUGAAGGCUCAGAAAGCAGCUGGCAGGGCGAGUCCCGCACUGCCGAACUUGCUAGUUUACUGAGCUGUCUCCACCUUCAUCUCUCCAGAACAAUCCCAAGGAAACAUCAGUUCUGUUUUGUCUUUCAAGAAACAAAAAUAAUUUUGGAGACCUCUGUGGUGUACCUGGGAUUGUGCAGUGGUUAAAGCUUACAGUUGAGACUGAGGCUUUGAUAUUCAAGGUCUUUGACGAGGAUCCCAGGCUUGACCUGCUGUAAUCAGGUCAAAGGGGUUUGUAUUCUUGUGAAUAUUUUUUUUUUAAUGAUCUCUGUUGUCCAGGGAUUGUAUUGUAAAUAUAUGUGCAUUUAUAAAUGAUUUUUGUAUUCAUUGACCAUAUGUGUUGGUUGUAAUGUAAAUAUUUUUAUAUGCCAAAAUGAGAUAUGAUAUUGAGUAAAAUAUUGACAGAAGACCACAGACAGAAUUUGUAUAACUCAGAUGGAUGAAAUCUAGAGACUUUAAAGUUUGAAAAAUGUAUUUGUUCAGAAGUUUAUGUAUAGAGUACAUAAAGUUUAUGUAUAGUGAUCGCAUACACAUAAAUACAAUCCUGGUGUAAUAAACCACUUUCUUCAUACCUCUAAUCAUUUGCCGUCUGUUUCCAGGGCCAGGUGAUGCUCCUUUUCUAGAAAUAAAAGGUGCUUUCAGAAGGCCAGCAGUCUGUCAGAGCCUCUUGUCAAAGCUGUGUACACAGAGAUAUAGGAAAACUUGUUUUGGAUUCUUUGCAGCAAAGUACUUAGUUGGCAAGGAAACCAAAGAUUGUUUCUUUUCUCUUGUGUGUAUGUGUAUUUUUAAUAACAUUUCUUCUGCCAGUGCACACUGCUUCUUAGGAAGGCAAGAAUGCUUUGGGAAGUAGAGCAUACAGAAAUCCUUACACACUGAAGCUUUGCAGUGAUCCUUUAAUAAAUGUGCAGGUGAUUAUGUAUUAAGCCAAAAAGUUUUCUUGAACUUCUGAUAGCAGAAAAGCUUUAUGUAAACAAAGACUUAAUUCUCAAAUGGACUCCA